CGAACUGAGUCUGACACUUGGUUCCCGAUCCACAAGUCAACGAAUAAAAUGGAACUUGUUUAAAUUACAUGACUUGCGGCUGCGGAUCUGCUUCCAAGAGCUUGGACACUUUCCUAAACUGGAGUUUAACCCAAAUCAAGACCGGCUGCCUUAAGGUGGAAGCUGUGGAGCAACGAGCACAAUGGAGGAACUAAAGUACAGAGGGAAAAAGAGAGAAGGAAGACACAGGGAUACGUGGGAUCCAUUCCAGCUGAACCCGGUCGGAGCUGAGAAGGAGCAGAAGCGGCGCUGCUUUAUAAUAGCCCAGUACCUGGUGGCCGUCUUCGUGGGUUUGGCCGUUUUGGCCAGCGCCGUCGUCGCCAAGGGCUCUCUCCUGGUGUUGUCCACGCUGUCCAGCCCCACGUCCCUGCGCAGCCCCAAGGAAAGACAGUUCUACAUGCUGAUGCUGGUUUUCUGCCUGGUCUGCCCCAACUUCCUGGUGUUUCUCAAAUCCCUCUGGAGAUGUGCCUUCAAGAGCUUCGUGCCUCCCAACAUGAAGACCAUGAGUUUUAUCUGCCUCGUUGAGUGUCUGGUGUCUCUCGGCACUUCAGUCCUGGUGCUGGUUGUCAUGCCGCAGUUCGACGUGUUGACUAAUCUGUUCAUCAGCGGAGGCGUGUGCAUCAUGUCUGCCAUCCUGCAGAUCGCGUUCCGGCUGCAGAGGGAAACAUGGAAAAUCGUGUUCCCACUCUGCUCCCUCAUUCUCACAGUCGCUGGCUACUGCCUCCUGGGACUCGACUACUACGUGCGCGUUUCAACCUACGUGGACAGACAGAGCUCCGACUGCUUCGUUUACAUCGCAGUUGGAGUCGUCUCUUCACUACUUGUCUCCAUCUGCUGGUGGGAAAACCCGCUGCAAGCUACCAACCGGAUGCAGGACACGUUGUCAGAGCUGGACGGCUUCAGGGACUUUGUCUUUGUCAUCACCAGCAUUCUGAGAGUAAUGGUGAUAGGAGGGGUCUACUUGCUGAACUAUGCGGUUAUUGAGAAGUCUAUCGUCUGGUCGGACUUUAACCUGAAGAAUCAUGACUGGGAGCUGCUGCAAACAGGACUCGUGCUGCUUUUCCUACAGGCCUUCUGCUCGGCUGCCUGCCACUGGUUUGGAGUGGUGGCCUGUAAGAUCCACGCGGUCAGGAUGAGCUUUGCCAUCCCGGUGUGUUGCACGGGUCCUGCUGUGCUGCUGCUGGGUCUGAUACUGUUCAUAACUCAGGCUCAGAAACUGCAUGGGGCAGAGACGGGGAGCAUCACAGCGUUCUGUGAAAGCUUGGUCCCUCUGAGCCAGAAGAACACAACCCCCAUAGUUCUACUGGAAAUAACAAGAAGCAUUUGUCGGACUUCACUUAACAGCUACUAUUUGCAAUGGCCCUUCUCAAUGCUGGCACUGGAAGGAGUGUGUAUGUGGUCAGGCUUUGUCACAUGUACCUACUACGUCUGGAAAAUUAAGGUCCAGCGCAUAGAGAGAACCUCUCAGCUCUUUGUUCGGCGACUCUACGAGUCCGCUUUCAUCGACCUCUCUCUACUGCUCAACACCAAGAUGAAGGUGCCGCGAGCUCAAAACCAGGAGAGCCACGAUGACAUCCAGAGCUGCGUGAUCUAUCUUUGUGCCACCAUGUGGCACGAGACCUAUGACGAGAUGCUCAAGAUUCUCACGUCCAUGUUCAGGCUGGACCGCUAUCGAGGCGACCCAAAGGAGCAACAUAAGGACUGCUUCGACUUCGAGUGUCACAUCUACGUGGACGAUGCGUUCAUGACCGACAAGGACACGGGAAAGAGGCUGGUUAACUCCUACGUUAGCGACUUGAUCAAAGUGGUCGUGGAGGUUUACAGGGUGUUCACCAACAAAGAACCGGACGACGUGUCGAUCAUCGAGGCGCCAUACGGCGGCAGGCUGGUGUUCGUCAUGCCCGAGGGCAACAUGCUGUACGUUCAUCUGAAGGACAAGGCUCUGAUCAGACACAAGAAGAGAUGGUCCCAGAUCAUGUACAUGUACUACCUCCUGGGCUGGAAGGGCUACAUCGUCAAGAACCCUCAUAAGAUCACAAACACACGGCAGAUGAACACCAGACCCAGUCUGGUCUCUCUGAACGCCGAGAUCUCCCUGUUGCCUCAGUUCGACAACGACAACAAGAGGAAGUUCCUGUCGGACGACAACACCUACAUCCUGGCGCUGGACGGAGACACCGACUUCCAUCCUAAAGCGGUGAUUCUGCUGGUGGACAGGCUGAGGAUGUAUGACAACGUGGGCGCAGCAUGUGGAAGAAUCCAUCCUACAGGAAUGGGCCCGAUGGUGUGGUACCAGAAGUUUGAGUACGCAGUGGGUCACUGGCUGCAGAAGACGGCCGAGCACGUGUUCGGCUCGGUGCUGUGCAGCCCCGGCUGCUUCAGCCUCUUCAGAGGAUCGGCCCUAAUGGACGACAGCGUCCUGAAGAGAUACACGACAACAGCGACUCGAGCCUCGGAAUACGUGCAGUACGACCAAGGGGAGGACCGCUGGCUGUGCACGCUGCUGCUGCAGCAGGGCUGGCGCGUGGAGUACAACGCAGCGUCCGACGCCUACACCAACUCACCGCAGGAGUUCAAGGAGUUCUACAACCAGAGGAGACGCUGGGGACCCUCCACUCUGGCCAACACGCUGGACCUCCUGCACAGUGGAGGAGAGACAGUGAAGAGAAACGCCUCCAUCUCCAGGCUUUACAUUUUCUACCAAAUGUUCACGGUGGGUUCCUCCAUCCUGGGUCCGGCCUCUGUGACUCUCAUGAUAGCAGGUGCUUUCCAGUUUAUCUUCCGAAUGGCUGGGACGCUUUCCAUCAUCGUCGCCAGCAUUCCUCCCGUCUUCUACAUCAUCAUCUGUUUCACAACCAAGUCCAACACCCAGAUAACCAUCGCUGGCAUCAUGAGCGUUCUGUACGCGUUCCUCAUGACCGCAUCCUUCUUCUCCAUCAUCGGCGACAUGGUGGUCCAGGGCACCUUCAUCACGCCCACGGGCUUGUUUCUGGUUUCCAUGGCAAUCAUGUACUUUGUGACAGCCAUACUGCACCCAGAGGAGUUUGGGAACAUUAUCUAUGGUCUGAUGUAUUUCAUCUGUAUCCCUAGUGGAUACCUGCUGCUCACCAUCUACUCACUGGUUAACAUGCACAUUGUUACGUGGGGAACAAGAGAAUCCAAUAAGGGCGAAGAAGUUAAGAAGCGCCACAAUAUUCUUUGCGACAGAAACUGUAAACUCUGCUGUUGGGACAUGAAGAUACAGAUAUCGCAGGAAAAGGAGAACCUGAUACUUCAGCAGAUCACGGGCGAGACGCUCCAGCAACAGCAGCCCGCGCUUCCAGACACCACGCAGGAAGUGGCUCCGGAGGACGUGAAGAAGCCCGAGCCUCCGACCACACUCACCACAGCCAACAAAACGGCUGCGAACGCGGCUCCAAAACCUCCUGCUGCCAAAACAAAGAGGAGCAUGUCUGAAUGCAGCGACACCUCGUCCAGUCACUGUAAUGACAGCAUUGACACCAGGAGCAUCUCAUCGUGGGCCUCCAACAGGUUCGACUACAAAAACACCUUUGAUGAGGAAACGGAGGAGCUUCCAGUCAGUGACUGGGUGAAGCCGGUGAAGGACGAGUUUUUGAAAAAGCUGACUUACGCCAACAUGAAGAGAAACCUGCAACAACAAAUACGAUACACACUCCGCAGCAGGGACUACGAUGACGUGUGUGAGGAGCUGGUCCUAAUGUUAACAGACACGCUCAGCAGGGAGCUCGGUGCAGCCGGACCCGAAGAUGUUCUGACCGGAAGCCAGUUGGAGCAGCUGCAGUACGCGCUGACAGAGCAGGCUCGGCGAAUUCUUAAGACCAAUCAUCUGGAGAGACUGAAGAGUAGAGUAAAGCUCGCAAUCGAGAAAACACUCACUGCCCCACAAGUGCAAAAACUAGAUGAGAGUGAGCACGACUUCUGGAACAAGUUGAUCGAGCGCUACCUGAAGCCACUCGAUGACCCUAAAAGCCAUCAGGAGGAGGUCACCAGGGAACUGAAGUCCCUGCGCAACAAGGCUGUCUUUCUGUAUUUCAUCGUCAACGUGCUCUGGGUGGUCGCUACCUUCUUCCUGCAGGCAAUUGGAAACGAUGUCAUCAGCAUCAAGAUCCCCAAAUACUUUCCCAAUGGAACUCAGUCAGAUGAAUACCUCAAGGUGGAGCCCGUCAGCUUGAUGUUCCUCUUGUCUUUUGCUGUUCUUCUCAUUGUCCAGUUUCUGGCCAUGUUAUACCACAGGGUCUACACUCUCAUCCACGUGGUGUCGUACCGGAGCACAGAGAAAGACUACAAACCCAAGACUGAACAGGAGGAGGAGGACGGCGGCCUGACUUUCGAGAACCACCUUGACAACGGACUCGUCAUUACCAGUGAAGACCUGUAAUCAUUCACCGCCAGCUGUGACCAGCGGAGCCCAACAAUCAGCUCACACUGGCUGUCCCACCAGCCAUCACCCUCACUGCUAACACCUAAAGGCCGUGGCUCGCUUCGACCGUGUGAAAAUGAAUCAAGUACUGAUUUCCCAGCUUUCUCAUACACAGAAUACUCUACAUAAUGAUACCACUGGGCCAAGUGCCUGUAGGACAGUUUGUCUACACAGGCCAUGACUUAAUCUGGCUUUUACAGCAAAUAUAAAGCUUUACCUUCCAGCGCUAGAUUUGACUGUAAUGCAACAGAGGAGCCAUAGAAAAUUUAUUAUUAGACACAAUAUGGUUCAUUUCAGAUUCUGAAAUGAGUAAAUAGCCCUGGUUUAUAUGUAGACGUAUCACAGGUAUGUGUUGUGUUUUUAAUGUGUUUGUAUUUAUUCUACUUGAAACUCAUAAUUAGACAACUGAAUCACAGGUGUAAAUACAAAAAGCUUGUUUUUGUUCAGUUGGUAUUGUAUGUACAUAUUGUACUAUUUCAUUUAGUUUUAAACAAAUCAUGAAUGGUACAAAUGAAUGAAACCCUUUUAAUUUGUUCACUGUGAGCCUGAUUUGAUGCAAAACAGAUUUUCUUUUAAAUGUGAAAACAAAAUGUUUGAUUGAACAUGUGAAUAAACUUUAAAUAAACCAGUUAUGUAAGUUAA